CAAAUUAUCACUGUUUCUUUAGAGGCCUUGUAAUAUGCUCACUAGAGGCCCAAUUUUCAAUACAGAAAGGCCCAUCAAAACUGAAAUAUCACUCUCACAACUGUCACACACACCAAAUUCAAAAAACUAGAUUAGAGCUCAGAUCAUAGCGCCACUAUAAGAAAAACGCAGAGAAAACUUGCUUCGAAAGUUCAAAAUCGAAGAUGACCGAGUUCCCUUCUUCGAUCGAGAGAGAAGUCGCGUCGUCUCUCCUCCUCCUCCUCUCCUCCGAUCCAAUCCUCUUCUCUUCUCCAAGUAGUGAUAGAUCUGGAUCUGAGGGAGAAAAUCGCUCGCUGUGCGGUGAAAUCAACGGUCAAGUAAGCAUGAGCUUCGUGUCUACGAGAUCGUGCGAUUCGGUUCUCUCCAACAACGCCUCGUCGUCGUAUCGGAAGAGCUCUGAGGAUGACUUCAUGAACUUCAAGAUUUCUAGAAAACGCCGUACAAAUGUGGUUUACAGCUCGGUUGAUUCCAAGGCGGUGAAACACUCGAAGAAGAAUCUCGAGUUUGAUGAACUCUCCAAGGAGGAGGAGUCGUGCUUGUCUACAGGCUCCAACGAGGUUUCGAGCACAGAGAGCAGAAUCAAGGCCACCACGAGUCAUGAGAAACUACUACAGGGAGAAUCUAAGAAGAAAGAGAGCCACAGGUCGAGUUCUGUUCGGCGUAAGGCUGGAAAGAUCUUGGAGUUUCUCGACAGUAGCUGCUCUUCUGAAGUCAAGAUCCGUCAAGUGCUUGGAGAUAACGCAGAUACUAGCAAAGCUCUCAGAAUGCUGGUGAAGAUUGGUUAUGUGAAGAGGUCUGGAGCUGGAGGAAAGCAUCAGCCCUUUAUUUACAAGAUUGCAUGACUAAAAUUAGUGCUCGAGGCAGGUCAGACUUUAUCCUCCUCCUCCUCCGACCUUCUGUUUAUACACGGUAUGAGUUCAUCCUGCUGAUGAAGAUUAACUAAAAUGAAAGCUAUCACGGACAUACAUAUACAUAUAUUAUAUAUAUUGUCUAGAAGCAAGUAUAGAAUACUUAUAUACACUUACAUGGUCUGAGAAGGGUGGCUUACUAUAGUCAUUGCCUCUGCAUCAUCCCAUCUCAGUUCAUCAACUAAAAGUGUCUGCUUUCUUUCAUAAUCAUAAUGUCUCCAGUGACAAUGUAUAAAUCUACCGUCUUUGUUGUUUAAAACUCAG